GCGGCGGCGGCGGCGCCGGCAUGGAGGAGGAGGCCGCGGAAGAUUAUCAUGAACGCUGUGUACAGUGUUCAGAAGUAAACUGGGGUCUUACUGAUGGAGGCCGAUUUUACUGCAGAACUUGCCACAAUGUUAUUGAGAGAACUAGAGAAGUUGUGAAUACUGUUGUUACUGGUAACACAAGAGUCCAGACAAUCGCCAAAGGUUUAAGAAAGCGGGAAAAAAAUGAUGAUGAAGGCUGGGAAUGGUAUGUUUGUGAAGGCUUUCAGUUCGUACUCAAGAAACAAGCAGAAGCUUUGGAAGCAUUAGGAGUGUGUCCACAAAUGAAGGAUGAAAUUCUGUGCAAUUUUUGGAGACGUUACCUUCAGAAGAGCCAACAAGCAUAUUGUAGCAGACCAGCUGGGGAAGCUAUCAAAGUAUUAUCAGGAUGUGAUAGCAGUACAGAUGUAGAUAGUGAACCAGAGAGACCUAGCCUUCUUCACUUGUUAUCUCUCUCUGAAAGUGAUGGGGAUCUACUGACUGACUGCAGCUUUGGCUCAUCAACUGGCAAAGUCUCAGAAAGCACCUCUGUCUGCUCUGGAUCGGUAGAUGGUAGCUUGCAUUUAAUGAAGAACCAAAAGGACAAACUGAGGAUGUCAAUGCCAAUGACCCUUUCAUUUUGUUAUAUGGCAUUACUCUGGCUGAGAGAACCAAUGACAUUAUCUGAUCUCUUAAGGCUUGUUGUUGAAGGUCAUAUUCCAUACCUGAAUGUUUUUCAAUGUUUUCCAGAGAAGAUGAAAUUAUAUGGACUUGAUCUGAAGAUCUUUUGUGUAGAGUCAUGGCCUGUAUAUGAAGAAGUGUACAACAAAAUGCUUCAACUUGCCUCAUUCUUAGAGCUGCCUCGGUUUCCAGAUAUAACAGAGAGCUGCUUUCUUCAUCCAGACAUGUUGUGCAUGAAGUACUUGAUGGAAGCUAACUUACCUGAUGAAUUGCAUAAUUGGACUUGUCGAGUGGUGAAAAAGAUCCAUAUAGGAGAAGCAGAUUUCCUGACUUUUGCGCCUGGAAAUAAGUCAACAAGAAAAGUGAAAUAUGAUGUUCUUGCUGCAGCAGUUAUUGUAGUGGUGCUCAAAUUACUGUUUUUAUUAGAUGAUCACUAUGAAUGGCUACUGUCAGACUUCGCUGAAGAAAGAAAUAAAAACAACAAAGAAGAUGGUCCAUAUUUCGACUUCAAAAAGUGGUGCAAGGUUAUAAAAAAUUCCUUGGAUGUGGAGCAAAAGAAAUUGGAUGAAGAAAGAGCUAAGUAUCUGUGGAGAUGUGAAAAGCCACUGUUUUACUCAGCCAAGAAGAAAUCUAAAGUUCUUAAGAGAAGGCAAAUAGUUGUGAACUUACAGAAUCAGUUUGGCAAGCUGUCUGGUUCAGUGCAACCUGCUGAAAAGCCAAAUCCUUCAAAUUUUCAGUUAAACUGGUCUGAAGAAAACACAGAUGGGAGUUGUUUCCAUGGGCAUAGCCUGAAGGGAAUUUUGCAAGAAAAACAUGGUUUACUUACAGCCAUGAACCCUGACUAUUGGCUGUGUACACUUAAACUAUGUACUGAGAAGUGGUGUGGUCGUCUGGCUCAUUACAGAGAACUGGACUUUCCACAGAGUUAUCAUUUUGUACUAAGCUUAUUCUCCUUUCUUCUGAGGGUACAGCCUUCUUACAUUCAUGAAGAGAUGUGAACGGGAGAUGUUUGACUUUUUCCUUGACCUCUUAAACAGACUUAAACCUGAUUGAACAGCAGUGCUGAGAAGCAGGGAAGCCCUGUGCCUCCGUGCGGCGCCAGUUUAUUGGCCGUAUUUUGCAGUCUUCACUGUAAUUGCAUCCUAAUGCUCUAUUUCUAGCAUUUCUCCUGAAACAGUAGUGUUUGGAAGAUUUGAGAAAGCUUCAUGAAAUGUAGGUUCUGCAAGAGAGUAACUCACUGUCUCGUAACUUCCUGGAAAGCUCAUAAAAAUCCUCUCUUCUGGAUGAUUAAGACUGCCUUCUUUGCCGUUAUGGACAGAAAAAGAAAUUGCUGAUGCUCUUGAAAGAAUCUUUCGGGAGCAAUUUGUGGGAAAUUGUCAGAGGAUGGUUUAGCGAGGCUGAGAGCAAAAGGGCAGGAACCGCAGGCCUUUGGGGAAAGUUACGGUCUGAAAAUGUGUGUGAGAACUCUGACUAGGUGUGUGCUCUUUGGCUUAUCCAUCUGCUCCUCACAUCAGCUUAAGUAUGUUUUAGGCUGUUUCAGAGGCAUUGAAGAGUCAGGAGAAUUUUGUUUAAUGAGUCUCAUAUUUCAGUCCAAAAUGAAAUGUACUUCCCAGUAGAUAUGGGUCAUGUAUUUCCUAGCUGAGCAUGUUGGUGUAUGUGGAUUGGCCAAAGCAGUGUCUCUGAGUGUUUUUGUCCUAGCAGUAA